UACAUCUGUAAGUUGGUUUACAAUAUAUCAGUGUGACAAAAUCUUAAUCACAUUGACGUCAUCACCACCACCAGGCGAUAACAAACACGUCUCUCAUUUGUUAUUAGGCUUAAAAUAACGGUCAAGUUGUUUAAUGUGAACGUUUUACCUGAAAAUAAAACGGAUAUUAAACAUACUUACCUUAUUUUAAGCCUAAUAAUUGAAACACUGCCUGGUGAUUUCUAUAAACAACGUAAUGAUUCAAAAAGCGCCUACUAAAGACAAGGCGACCUCUGCUGGUGGUGGUGGAAUGUGUGAAAGAGAAGGCAAUAGAAGGUAGAAACAGAGAAAGAAAGGGACAGAAACACGGGUGUCUCUCUCAUUUGUUAUUAGGCUUAAAAUAAGGUAAGUAUGUUUAAUAUCCGUUUUAUUUUCAGGUAAAACGUUCACAUUAUAAUGAAGAAAUUCAAAAUAGGGACUUACAGACAAUCGAACUACGCGUACACAAAAUUACGAAAAACCUUCGGGAGGCAGCCAUUAUUUCAAAUAGUGCCUGCACAUAUAAUAGAUUCUAUAAACUCCGAUGUUGAACUACAUAAAGAAUAUGUGCUUCGAAAUCCCGUGCAUCGUGAAAUACAAGCAACGUUGCCACAAUCUGAACAUGACACCAACACUAAGCAAAUAGUUAUGCACGAACAAGGAAUAAAUCACACUGAAGGUGGUUGGCCUCGAGAUGUUCAUCUAUAUAAUGAAGAUCACCUCAAUCGUCACCGACGUCGUGUACAACAUGAAGAUAAUUACGUACAUUCCAUUUUAAACAUGAGACCUCAAAUAGAACACUUCAUAGAUCAGAACAAUGCAAUCGAUAUGUAUCAAACCUAUUUUGCCGAUAUGGAAGCUCGAGCACCAGUGGAAAAGUAUAACGUUCAAAUUGCAAAUGUAUUUAGAGACCCAUUUUGUCGACCUGUGUCAAGCAUUGCCUGGACAGAUGAAAAAAGGGCGAAAUUAGUCGCGUCAUAUUGCCACAAAAAUUUUCAAGAAUCCGAAACAAAUGAAAAAAACGUUUGUUACGUUUGGGAUAUUAAUAAGCAAACUUCUCCGGUACAGGAGUUUAGUCCCACUCAUGGAUGUUGGCAAGUGGUUUGUGCUCCACUGGAAUCUGAUAUUUUGAUUACUGGGCUUGUAAACGGAACCAUUAACGUGUUUGAUAUCCGUGCAAGUUCUAACCCUGUAAGUAGCAGUUCUAUUUACAACUCACAUUUUGCGCCAAUCACAGCUCUACGUUAUACUCAUUUAAGAACUAACACAGAAUUUUUCACCGGGUCGCCAGAUGGGCAGUGCCUCUGGUGGGAUAAAAGAAAUCUUUCUAAGCCAAUCGAUCGUUUGCUAAUGUCUGUCAAAUUAGAAGGAAAUGAAGCACCAAGUUUUACUAAUUCAGAAGGUGUAAGCAGCCUUGAGUUUGAUCGUGGCUUGCCGACGAAAUUUUUGUGUGGCACCGAAUCGGGGUUAAUUAUUAACGCCAACCGUAUGGGCAGGAGUCAUUCUGAGGUCUUGACGUCUUAUUGGAAUGCACAUACAGGAUUAGUGAGAGCGGUACAGCGAAGCCCGUGUACUUUGAGAAUGUUUAUCUCAUGUGGAGAUUACAGGGUUCGCAUUUGGAGUGAAGAAGUACGCACGGCACCUAUCAUAGUAACGAAUCCAUAUCGUUCCGAAGUCACUGAUGUAUGCUGGGCACCUUUACGAUACACAAGUUACAUGGCAGUAACAGAGGACGGUGUAUUUCAUUAUUGGGAUCUCAUCCGAAAAUACCACCAACCUACUGCGAAGCUCCGCGUAUCUAGACAUGGACUUAAUAAACUAAUGCCUCAUCCAAAAGGCCAAUCAAUUGGUGUUGGCGAUAAUGUAGGGUCUUUAUUUUUGUUACAUUUAUCUGAAAAUAUGAUAUCAUCCGGUCCUAAUGAUAAACAGCUGAUGCAUCAGAUUUACAAUCGUGAAACAAAACGGGAACAUAACGUUGAUACACGAUUUAAGGAGCAGCGAUUGAAAAUGCGGGUUGAAACAGAACCAACGGCUGAGAUUAAUGAAGACGAAGAAAAUAAUAGUAUUGACGAUCUCGAACAAUUAACUAAAGAAUAUCUUAACACUGUUCAAGAAGAGAUGGGUGAAAUAGGCGGAAUAUUGAAUGGCAGGUUUUCAUUAAUUUAAAUAUGAUGAUCCAACACGUAUUAUGUAUUUGAUUAUACUUAAAGCUUGAAAAAAAUAUUUUAAACUUUUAUUUCUGUACUAGCGGACGCCCGCGUCUUCGUCCACCCUUAGACCUCUUUAUACCAGCCCUUACAGCGCUGUAAAAAUGGAGUAACUUCUCUCGUUUUACCAACAUUUUCCUUCACUGCUCUGCUCCUAUUGAUCGUAGCGUGAUGAAAAGUAUACUAUAACCUGCCCAGGAGUAUGAAGAACAAUUGUACCAAGUUUCAUUAAAAUCCGUCGAGAAGUUUUUGUUUCUAUAACAAACAUAUAGACAGACACAAAG